UGUGACGUCAGUCAGCCCCGGAAGGGUGGGGGAGGGGGAAGGGGGGUCGCGGGGCCGGUGCGGUUCGGUUUGGUCCGGUCCGGUCGGAGCCUCCGGGUCCCGUCCCCGGUCCCGUGUCCCGCCGCCAUGACGCUCGCCGUCUUCUUCGGGUGCACCUUCAUCGCCUUCGGGCCGGCGCUCGGCCUCUUCCUCUUCACCAUCGCCCGCGACCCGCUCCGCAUCAUCAUCCUCAUCGCCGGGGCUUUCUUCUGGCUGGUGUCACUGCUGCUCUCCUCCCUCAUCUGGUUUAUCGCGGUCAAAGCCAGCAACCCCCAGGAUGAGUCAUUGCAGAAAGGGCUCUUGAUAUUUGGGGUGAUGUUCUCUGUGUUGCUGCAGGAGGCCUUCCGCUUCCUCUACUACAAGCUCCUCAGGAAGGCCAUCGAGGGGCUGGUGGCCCUCAGCGAGGAUGGCUGCUCCCCCAUUUCCAUCCAGCAAAUGGCAUAUGUGGCUGGUGUGGGCUUUGGGCUCAUGAGCGGCGCCUUCUCCAUGAUCAAUCUCCUGGCAGACGCACUAGGGCCUGGCACUGUGGGCAUCCAUGGGGACUCACAGCUCUACUUCCUGACCUCAGCUUUUAUGACCAUGGUGCUGAUUUUCCUUCACACCUUCUGGGGGAUCCUCUUCUUCCAUGGCUGUGAGCAUCGGCGCUGGUGGGAGAUCACGGCAGUUGUUGUCAUGCAUCUUGCUGUUUCGGGGUCGACGUUUUGCAACCCCCUGUACGUGGGCAGCCUGGUGCCCUCCUACCUGCUGAUGGCCACUGCUGCUGCCUGGGCUUACCUGCUCUCAGGGGGAUCUGCCCAGAACGUGCGGCGCUUCCUGCUGUGUCUACGGAGCGGAGCCAGUCCCCAGCCGGCAUCCUGAGGCCCCACAGGAUGUUCCUGUCCCCAGCCACCCCUGCCCCCCCCUCCAUCCUGGUGGCAAGAGCGGCUGUCACCUCCUCUGCAAUAUCUUUUUGCCUGGACUGGGAGACCCUGGUCAGUCCCGGCGGGGCAGGCACAGAGGUCUGGCUGUGGCAGCCAGCUGACUGGUGUGGCUGGGGCUAGCUUGCUCCGAUGCCUGUUUGGGAGCCCUGGAGAACAACUCACUUUGGGAGAACCCGGCUUUGCUGGCCCAACUGCAAGUGGAGCCCCAGUUAGCCUGCCUGGGAAGGAUGCUACCUUGGACUGCCAGAGGCCUGAGCCCAAAGAAACCCAUCGCUUCUCCCCCUGCUGCAGAAGAUAUAUGCUGUCCCCUGUGCCGAGGUGGGGGCCCUGCAUCGCCUCCUCACUGCAGGGUGGAGGAAGUGACUUUGCAAAGCACUGCCGUGCUCUGGGUUGGGGCUGACCACUGUGGUCCUACUUUCUCCACCUUUUUGCCCAGCCUCGCUGCUCUGGCAGCCGCAGCCCUGGCACUGGACUGCAGUAACUGCAGUGAGCUGGCAUCCUGGUGCAGGGAGGCACGGUGCUGGGGGACCUGAGGGGACUGCAGCACCCAGGACAGGAGGAGGAUGGGGAAAACACGGUGCCCAAGGGCCCAGCAGUCAUGGAGGGUGGUAGAGGGCUCAGGAGGAGAUGCAACCCCACAGCUGGUGCUGGCACAGCUUGGGGAGGAGGUUCAAGGGGCCAUUCCAAUGGAUCGCUGCCCUCUCCUGCACUUGGAGGGGGAUUUUAAGGCAGGCACCAGCCCUGAUGCUGUGCCACAGGGCUGAGACGGAGAAACCUCAUCAGGCUCAGGGCUGAGAAGGCAGUUUUAUCCACAGUGGGCUUUUAUACCAAUAAAAAAGAAAUACCAC